UCCCUCACUUUCCCCUCCCUCCUGCAAAUUCUAUCAGUUGCUCCAAUGGCCUCCGGCUCAGAGCCUAUAGAGUGUCAGGCUCUGGUGCUGAAGGUGUCCAUUCAUUGUGAAGGAUGCAAGAAGAAAGUGAAGAAAGUGCUUCAAAGUGUUCCAGGUGUGUUCAGAUGCGACAUCGAUGGCCGGAGCAACAAGGUCACCGUCACGGCCUCAAGAAAUAUCGACGCCAAUAUCCUAGUUGCUAAGCUGCGCAAGUCCAACAAGCAAGCAGAGCCAUGGCCAGAGGAGCCGAAACAGCAGCAGCAGCAGCAGCCUGCAGAGAGCCAAAGCCAAGAAACCAAGAACCAAAACGACGAAUCCAGCAAGGCGAGUGAUCAACCAGCCGAAAAGCCCGGUCCCGACAGCGCUGAGGGCGGCGGCGCCGAGCCAGGAAAUCCUCAGCCGUCGCCGGAGCCGAAGAAGAGCGCCGACGAGACCCCAAAGCCAGCUCAAGAAGUCCAGGAGACGUCCAGUGGCAAUGGCGACGAAAGCGAUGAGGCCAAGGCAGCAGAAACAGCGCAGCAACCCAGUGAUCCAAAAGGGAAAGCAAAGCAACACCAGGAGCAGAGACCGAUCGACGCGAGGGUGACAAUGGAGUACGGCGGAGGCGGCAGGUACGUGAACCACACGCCGCAGCCAGUUCACGUCAUGAGCUACAGCGUGGCACGGCCGACGGCGAGCGCAGCCUACUACACUGCGCCACCGGCUCCGGUGGCGCCAACACCGGCGCCGGCGAUGGCAACGCCGAUGCCCAUGGCGAGGCCUUCACCAUCAUCGCAAGGCUACAUCGACGAGGAGUACUCGCCUUCCUACUACAACCGACCAUCGCCAUAUGAGCCUUACAACUAUCCUCAACCUUCGCCAUAUCGCUACCAACACUAUCAGCAAUCUUCAGCCGACGACUACUAUUACUAUGGUGCACCGCAGCAGAGGAGCGCCUUCUCGCCGCCACGGGAUGCAUACGGUGAAAUGUUCAAUGAUGAGAAUGCUAAUUCUUGCAGUGUGAUGUGAAGGGAAGCAGUGAUUUAGCUAGUUUUAUGUUCCUUAACUAGUGAUUAUAUGUUAGAUAUAUACUAGAUUUAGUAUUACCAGUAAUCGAUGCAUUAGUAGUACUCAGGUUCGAUGCAUGCUGCUAGAAUAAAAUGAGCUGAGCUUGAUCCAUGAGAGGGAGCAUGGGAGGGGUGAAUGAGCAUUUCUGAUGUUUGUCAGAGCAAUUUUGUAACACUGAUAACAUGGUUAUCUGGGAGCCAAGUCUAUAAAAAUAUACUAGUAUUAUGAAAUCCUGGUAA